CCGAGCGGUAUGCAGAAGCGCGUCUUGUUGCAUUUGUUUAGUUAGAUGGACUCUAAGAAGCAGUUUUUGAACUGGAAAACGGCACGGCGAGUUUUUCAGUUGCUGUUAACUAGUGUCUCAAUUGGAAUAUCAGCUGGGAUACUCAAUCAUAUCAGAAUCAAUGGCAGACAUACUGGCGAGUGUUGGUUUCACGCAGAUUACCAAGCUUGUAUAUUCAGCACGUUUACUCCUGCCAUCAGUCUCGUGUUGACUGGUUCAUUUCUUGUCCUCGAUGUUUUGAUCGAUCGUGAAACGAUGCCAAACGUCAGACGAGUUGCAUCUUGGAUUGAGGCUUUUGUUGCUGGGCAACUUACGAUGUUGUGGUUUGGAGUAUUUAUGUAUUUACUGGUGCAGUGGAUGAGAACCAUUUUAGACUUUCCAUUUAUCCGACUGGAUAAGACUGUCACCGUGUGUCCAAACGUCACGUCGGUUGCAUGUUCAAUUCCGGAGGACGUUCAUGCAGGAGCAGCCAUAUUCAUUACUUUGUGUGGGGUGUCAUUUUUUGUGUGGCUUGUUGACUUUCUCGUAACUAGGUCGGCUGUUCGUGAGAUGACGAGUAAUCUUGCUGAACUUGCUCUUUCUUCAACUCUUCCAGUUCGUGAAGUAUCCGCCCAAAGCAAUGGGCAGCUUCCGCAACAGCGAUUGUCUGCAUUGCAACCAGACCAGGAAUCAACGAAUUCAGUUAAUGAGUCACCUGUCAACAUACCUCCUGUCAUUAUGCCUCCUGUCAUUAUGCCUCCUGUUUCUCAGCCUUAUAUGCAACACAUGGGUCACUUGCCAUUCUUCUCUGCUACACACAUGCAAAGUGGCAAUCUGUCGAGUCAUCACAUGGUUCAACCUAUGGGCGAACCUUACUCUGCUGGUCAGAGAGCGGACUUCCAGACUCAACCAGUCUCACAAUUCCAAGUUCAAUCAGGCAAUGAAGAUCGUAAUCCAGAUCUGCAAGCACCAGUCAUAUUACCUCCUGUUACUGGAGAGGAUCAAUCUGGGACUCAUAUGCUGUCUCAUCGAUUCAACUUGUCAUUAGUUCAAGGCAUGAAUCCAAGAACAGGUGACAUGGCUGAGCAUCAACUCAAUAGUCUUCGUGCGAGGCGAAUAGGGCAGAAUGAGUCUUCAAGUCAGAAUGAAUCAUUUAGUCACACUGGCAGAUAUGCCAUGUUGCCUUCUGAACAUGCUGUAUAGCUUGGAAAUAUCAAAUAUUACUACGUACUACACCCGUUCAAGUGAUUUGAGCAUAUGUAUGACAAUCAUAGUCUAGCUCUGGACAUGAGAAGACAAACAUUAUGUUAAUAGGAAUUAAUAACAAGCUGAUAUCUACUAUGCAACAAGUAGAGGUGUUUAAUUAUUGUGUAGUCUAGACUUAAAUUGUUCCGAAAGAUUUUAGCGGACGCAUGAACUGGAAGGAUAUGGCCAUCAUGUUACUGACUAUAGUGUAGGUUUGCAGCUGUGUGUAAAUAAAUAAGAAGUUUUAGCAAUGUA